UUCUGACUCAUAUCCCUUGGACGGAAACGUAGAUGGCUGUGACGAGGCUUGACACGAUGACCAGCGUGAGCGACGUCAGAGUGUCAGCCGAAGAUAUCCCCGAUCAUUUCUACCGUAAAGUCCAACACCCUCGACGACGACAAUACGUUGAUUGUCCCACCUGCGUUCCGUCGUUAUGUAAUCUCGAUGUCGCCCAAAUCCAAACGGAUACGAAAAAGACAUCAGUCGUGGAAAGUCAAACCCCAAAGACAGUCACGAAGGAGACACCGAUACAGACAUUGAGCAAAUGCGAGUUUUGCGAACGGCAAAUGCAACCCUUCGCGUCACCCAUCGGAGGAGCUCCUCCUGUACAAUGUUUGCAGCAUUCGCCACAGUGGACUCCCGCGAUUGUGCAAUUUGUUCGAGGAGGAGUCAGCAUACCAUGUUGCCCCGGGUAAUUCGUACAGGACAAUU